UUUUCUGUUCAUUUUCUGGAAAGCAAAACCCCUGUCCUCACAGUACCUUCUAGUUGUUUCCAGCUUCCAUUUCUAAUCCUCCAUUUUCUCGCAAUACCCAGAUAAGAAACGGUUUAGUUGAAGUCCAAUUUAACCAAAGUUUCACUAAUUUUGACGUAAAAGUGAUUUUUUUCUCUGCUUUUUCAAUGGGGUGUGCAUAUUGAAUUAUUGAGUUUGCAUAGCAUGGUUUUGAAGCUGCAUAAUUUUCCCUCUCGUAAUUUCAUUAAUGCAGGAACGUUCUCCCGAAGAAAGGGUGAAUUUUAGUUUCUAUUUUACCUCUUUGGGAGAGGAACAAUUUCUUUUUGGCUUCCCCCAAAAAUGGUGCAAAGUUUGUCGUUGAGUACUCUAGCUACUUGCGGAAAGAUCCCAAAUCAAAAGAUACCAUCUUGGAUGACACCCUUUGAGCCAUUCAACAGAUCCCAAAUUACCUCUGCCUCUGGCAGACACUUGGUUUGUUGUAACCAUUCUGUGCACAGCUUUUUCUUGAUUGGGUACCCUUAUGUUUCAAGGCACGGUGGUUUUAAGGCUAAAGCAGCAUGGAUGUUUAGAGGGGGAGAGCAAGGGUUGGAUGCAAGUUCAGAGCACAGUGAGAGUGCUAAUGAGGAUAUCUUGAUGUUCUUCUUUCAGCUAGACCUGGCCACAAGAGUACAGUAUGCUUUGAAUAUGGAGCAGUAUGACGCUGCACAGCAACUGAGAAACAAACUUACUGAGGUUGAAGAAGAGGUAAUCAAGCAACAACAGUCAAAAAGGGGAUUGUCUUCAAAAAGUGAAGCUCAAGAUAAAGCUCUAAGUAUUAUACGUCUUCGUUCAGACCUCCAGAAUGCUGUAGAGAAGGAAAAUUAUGCCUUGGCUGCUGAAUUACGGGAUGAAAUUUCCAAACUAGAAGCAGAGUCUCUAGCUGCAUCAGCUAAAGCUUUGGCUCAUGAAAAUGCACAAUAUGCAUUUCGCUUGGGUCAGAAAGUGAGACAUAAAAAAUUUGGCUAUAGAGCUGUGAUCUGUGGAAUGGAUCCGGUAUGCAGUGAAACAAGUUCAUGGAUGGACAAUGCACAAGUUAAGAAGUUGACUCGUGGUUCCACUCAACCAUUUUAUCAGGUUCUUGUUGAUGUACGUGCUGAACCAAAUCUAUUAGUGGCAUAUGUUCCAGAGGAGAAUCUUUUAACACCUGAUAAGCCAGACAUGGGAAGAUUUGAUCAUCCCUACAUCUCUUUUCUUUUCUAUGGAAUGGAUUCAGCUGGAGAUUUCAUCCCAAUUAAGCAACUACGGGAGAAGUACAAUAAACCAAGGCAUGAAAUACCCAUUGACCCACCAAAUGAUGAAUGAAAAAGAUGGAUUCAAAGCUUAAAAACCAAUGUGAACUAUAUGCCCUGUUCAACCGGGUCGAGAAUUGAGAGGCUGAAAAUCUUCCGCCAGCACAAUGAUUAUGGCCCUGCCAUGAGAUCACGCACUUAGCCCCACCUUAUAUUCUGUGUAUACCUUUCCAUUUCUCCAUCACAGUGGUGAAGAUACUGAAUAACUACAUAACCUUAUAUGUGUAUAUCGCUAAAAAGUGUUACUUCAUCAAACAGUGGAGAGUUUGUCUAUAGAUGAACAUAUUUUCCUGUA